AUGAAAAUGAACACAGAUCGGUUCACCAUUACAGCAGAGGAAUACUUAGCAGAGAGCAGUGCUCUUUUCUAUCUGAAUGAUGCUGUGAUUCAGCUGCUGGAGCACAGAGAGGAAUUCAUCCAGUUUGGCAUCAUGCGAUAUUUUGCAGAAUACUUCACCAGUGUGAAGAAUGGGAACCAUGUUCUGUUCAGAGAAUUCAGCUAUGUUAAAGGUACAGCACACAACCGAGCUUCCUUCAUCCACAUCUUCUGGAAAUGCUUCAGACAGAUUGGAAAGAACAGAGAUUUGCUAACGAUGAUGGAGUAUACGUCGCUUCUCCAGCUCUUAUGUCCAGACUUUCCUGCUGAAAUGGUGCAGAACACAGCCAAGAUUGUCCUGAUGGAGGAUGCUAUGGACUGCCCCAUGUCCUUCUCAGAUUUCAUCUACUCUCUCCAAAUCCAGUUUUAUUAUGAAGAGUUCCUUGAGAGUGUGAUGGUGAUUUAUGAGGACUUGCUCGAGGGAAAGAACCCGAACGCCGUCAUCGUCCCGACCUCGACGUCAGCCGAAACCAUAUCCAGUGAUGACACGGACAUGCAGGAGGGAGUGGACUCCUCCGUCCUGCUCGAGUGUAUCGAGGGACUGUGUGAACGUUUUAAGCACAAACAUCCACCUCUUUCUGCCAUUAAGGAGGUUCUGGAGAGCAGCACGCGAGUCUCCUACUACGGCUUCCUGAUGGCUUUGGCCAAACACGAGGGAAUCAGUCAGGAAAUCGGUGCUCUUCCGAACAGAUCGGACCUGCUCAUCGACCCUGAGAUGGAUCAGGAGUUGGAGAGACUUGUAGCUCAGGUGGCCAUCAGUCCGACAUCGAACAGCAGCAGCAGUGCACAAGGACUGAAGGAGCCAUGCAGGAAACCAUCACCGCGUAAAUCCCUGCAUCAGCGCAAGAGGAUAGAGAUGGAAAGCGACGGCUCCACGGAGGAGACCGACUCCUCUGAGAAUUAA